AUGAAUAAUAAUAAUGAUAAUAAAAAUAAUAAUAUAUUAAUUGCAAAUCAAUGGCAAUUAGAACGUAAAUUAGGUUCAGGUUCAUUUGGUGAUGUUUAUCGAGCAUUAAAUAUUCAAACAGGAGAAUAUGUAGCUAUUAAACUAGAAACAAAUAAUGCUUAUUCACAACAAUUAGUAUUUGAAGCUAAAUUAUAUAAAUUAAUGAAAGAUAUACAAGGUAUACCGAAAUUAUAUUGGUUUGGUGAAGAAGGUAAUUAUAAAUGUUUAGUUAUGGAACUUUUGGGACCAUCAUUAGAAGAUCUUUUUUAUUUAUGUAAACGAGAAUUUUCAUUGAAGACAAUUCUUAUUAUUAAACCAGAUAAUUUUCUUAUUGGUAUUGGAAAAGAUUCGACUAAGAUAUUUCUCAUCGAUUUUGGUUUAGCAAAAAAAUUCUUUGAUCAUCGUUUAAAUAAACAUAUAUCAUAUAAAGAAGGCAAAAGUUUAACAGGCACACCUCGAUAUGUAUCUAUUUCAACACAUCUUGGUAUUGAACAAUCACGUCGUGAUGAUAUGGAAGCACUUGCUUAUGUUCUUAUUUAUUUCAGUCGAGGUACACUUCCAUGGCAAGGCAUAAAAGCAUUAAAUAAACGACAAAAAUAUGAAAAAAUUUGUGAAUUAAAAAUGUCAAUAUCAAUAACAAAUCUAUGUGCUGGAUUUUCACCUGAAUUUGCAAUGUAUUUAAAUUAUUGUCGUAGAUUAAAAUAUACAGAUGAACCUGAUUAUUUUUAUAUACGUCAAAUAUUUCGUAAUUUAUCUUAUCGUCUUAAUUAUCAAUAUGAUUAUAUAUUUGAUUGGAUUGAAUUAAAAAAUCAAAUAUCUUCACAUUGUUUAAAUCAAAAUCAACAACAAUUAGAAAAAAAUAGUAUAAUAAGUAAUAAUAAUAAACUUAUUUGA